GAGCAUUUAUUUAUAUAGCAGAAUGCCGCGCGGGUAGUGCAUGUGUUCUUCAACGCAAGGCACUCACGUCUUCGUUGUCACUCUUUUGAACCUUAUAGGUUCUGUCACUCGUUAAUUUUCUCUUUCACAAACUGUUGGGUUCAUCUGCCUAUUUACAUCAUGAGGUAUUCAACGGCGUCAUUAUACGCCCUUUGCGGUGCAGCUGUAGUCUCUGCGAAACCGUGCAAGAAGGUCUAUGAUCCUCUCCCGCUCGAGCACUUCGGAAACUUCACUGUCAUCACUUUGGAGGAUGCUCAGGCAGGUGUAUUGAGGUCGCACAAUGGUACCACGUCCAAGGUCUCUGAUUAUCCUUCUGGAGGGUAUCCUACGGGUUCUCCCAGUAGUGCCGUUUAUUCUAUUAAGCCUGGCUAUUGGACUUCUCACCCCGAGGCUGCAUCUGGGUACACAUCUUCGCCAACGUCGACCGCCGCUGGGUACCCAUCUUACCCUUCGUCGCCUGCUUCUGGUCAUUCGUCUUCUCCUGCGUCCUCAGCCGGAUCUUCGCCUUCUGGUGCGGCAUCUUCACCUUCGUAUACAAAUUCGCACGUUCAUCCGGCAUCUUCGUCUGGAUCUGGGUACUCUUCGCCCUCUUCGACUUCCCUCCCGGGCAAUUCUUCCAUCCCCGGCCAUUCCUCGGGCUCGAGCUUGUCAUCAGCUGCUCAAUCAUCGACCUUGUCCGCAGCCUCUCAAUCUUCAACUGGGUCUGCAUCUUCCCUGUCGCUGACCUCGGCUUCCCUGAGUGCUUCGCAAACUUUGUCGGUUAACAUUCCAUCUCUUACAUCAUCUACUGCGCCGGUGGUGUCUACCUCUGCUGCGGCUACUUGCGAGAAGCGCACUGAGUGGAGAAGCUAUUCGGAUGACGAUAAGCACGCGUUCUCUGCAGCCAUCAAGUGCCUGAUCGACGCCCCUGCAUCUGGCCAAUUUUCGCACGCCAAGAACCGCUACGAGGAUAUCGUUCGUGUUCACCAGAUGAUGGUCGACACCAUUCACGGUAACAACAUUUUCCUCUUUUGGCACAGAUACUACGUCUGGACUCUGCAGCAGAUCAUGAAGGAUGAGUGUGGUUUCACCGGCGCUUUCCCUUGGUGGGACGAGACUCUGGAUGCCGGUAACUUCGCUAGCUCUCCUAUCUUCACGCCCGAGUUCUUCGGUUCUAUGCCAAAGAGCAAGGGUAACAAAGGUAGUUGCAUUACCGAUGGCUACUUCGCCGACACGGUUUGCCAUAUCGGACCUGGCACUGGUUUCACAGACCACUGUCUUUCGCGUGCUGUUGAUGAGACUUUGACUGCUCAGGCGAGCAAGGCAUUUGUUACCACUUGCAAUUCGCGUUCCAACUACCCCGAUAUGGAGAACUGCGCUGAGCUGGGUCCCCAUGCUUAUGGUCACAACGGUGUCGGAUCCAUCAUGGCUGAUGUUUCCGCAUCCCCAUCCGACCCUGUCUUCUUCCUCCACCACUUGUUCAUCGACCGUAACUUCUGGGUAUGGCAAAACAACGAGGAUGCUGUUGCCCGUAACACCCAAAUCAACGGCUGCAUCGACGGCCAGACCCCUUGCACCCCACUUACGCUCGACACCGUUCUCAGCGUUGGGGGCCUCAGACCCGAUGUCACUGUCCGUGAUGUCAUUGAUACUACCAACGGCAUCAUGUGCUACUCCUACUCAUACUAAGAUCUAGGAUCAAUUGCGCCCUCUCUUACUGGAAAUUGCAGCGCUACUCUGUUUGCAUUAUGUGAAAAGCUCCCGGAUGGAGCGUCCAGGUCACGUGUAUAAUCUUAGAAUCUAAUAUGUAGUUAAUUUAAUGAUAGUAGCCGUAAUUAUG